AGAACUGGGUGCGGGGUGUGGAGAGAACUCGGGAAGACCGCCUGAGAAGAGCAGCACCGAGGACAGCUCCCGGCAGCGCCCGCCCCUGUCUUCCUCCGCAGAUCUCUUUCACACACGCGCACACACACACACACACCACACCACACCACACACACACACACACACACACACCCUGAGGUUUUUGCUCACCCCACACUCGCACUGACACACACACGCAUACUCAUACACGCACACACUCGGCUGUACAAUGGCAGAAUCCCACCUGCAAUCCUCCCUGAUCACAGCCUCACAGUUUUUCGAGAUCUGGCUUCAUUUCGACGCAGACGGAAGUGGCUACCUGGAAGGAAAGGAGCUGCAGAACUUGAUUCAGGAACUCCAGCAAGCACGGAAGAAAGCUGGAUUGGAGUUAUCACCAGAGAUGAAAACCUUCGUGGAUCAGUAUGGGCAGAGAGAUGAUGGAAAAAUAGGAAUUGUAGAGUUGGCUCAUGUAUUACCCACAGAAGAGAACUUCCUGCUGCUCUUCCGAUGCCAGCAGCUUAAGUCCUGUGAGGAAUUCAUGAAGACAUGGAGAAAAUAUGAUACUGAUCACAGUGGCUUCAUAGAAACUGAGGAACUUAAGAACUUUCUAAAGGACCUGCUGGAAAAAGCAAACAAGACUGUCGAUGAUACAAAACUAGCUGAAUAUACAGACCUAAUGCUGAAGUUAUUUGAUUCAAAUAAUGAUGGGAAGCUGGAAUUAACUGAGAUGGCCAGGUUACUACCUGUACAGGAGAAUUUUCUUCUUAAAUUUCAGGGAGUCAAAAUGUGUGGGAAAGAGUUCAAUAAAGCUUUUGAGUUAUAUGAUCAGGAUGGCAAUGGAUACAUAGAUGAAAACGAAUUGGAUGCUUUACUGAAGGAUCUGUGUGAGAAGAAUAAACAGGAUCUGGAUAUUAAUAAUAUUCCAACAUACAAGAAAAGCAUAAUGGCUUUAUCAGAUGGGGGGAAGCUCUACCGAACGGAUCUUGCUCUCAUUCUCUCUGCUGGAGACAACUAGAGUUGGUGACCAUGACCAUUUACUAGCGAUACAUUGUAUCUAACAAUAACUGUGCACUAUAAGGGAGUAGGCUGUAUUUUCUUUUGUAUUUAACUGCAUUUAGAUGAUUACCCAGGAUGUGUGGCACAUUCUUUUCAGCUUGUUUCUACACUGUUUGUAAUGUACAGUUUUUGUAACUACAUGACUGAAAAAGGAGAAAGUCUCGGCUUAAGCCAGUCAAUAGACCCAACUGAAAAAAAAAAAAAAAAACUGAACAUAUUCUUGCUUUCAUAAAUAUAGUUAGACAAGAUUUCCCUGAAAAUUCCACUAGGAUUAAUCUCUAAAAUUCUAGUCUCUGAUGUGUAAAUGCACAUUUGUCACUAAUUAGGAGAAUUAUACCUAACAAGUUACCAUUUCAGACAAUCACAGGUCUGUCCCACAAAAUAGUCUUAAGCUGUAUUUCCAGUUAUUAGGAAGAAUGUGCUUUUGCAUCUAAAAUACCAAAAUAUCAAUCAAUAGUUAGUUAUUCGUGGCUCUAUGAGGUUAACAGUCUCACUAGACAAGACUUAAUUAAUCAACAACACGUCUACUGCUUGAAUCCAUACCAAGCUAUUGGUUCAAGUUAAUCUGAUGACAAGGAAAGGUAGCACAGAUGACACAAAUCUGUCUGAUUCUACAUCUGUAUUUCCAAGAAGCCUACUGUCAGAGAGUAUGACCUUAAUCCAUUUUCUAAACUGUUUUCACGUGUUGCAGAUUAUAAUUAUCCUAGUCAACUGCUGUUUUUAUGUCAUAUUGUGUGAUCUCUGAUUAAAUUAUAUAUGCCUAGUA